AUCACAGAAUGAAGCCCAUGUAGACAGUCUGCUACAAUACUGUGCAAAGACUUACCAGCAAAAGAUUAUGACACAUUGCAUAAAAUGGGACAUUGAAAAGUGUUUAUUGACACACACCAGACAAGGCAACAUAAUCGCGGACUGUAUCUAGCAACCAAGGAUGUCAGUAAACCGCUGUAUGUUGUUAUUCUCAAGAGUACAGCACAGAAUAUGCGCCAUAUCUGUACGAAACAAAAACGCUCUGGUGGACAGUCCUUGUGGAAACUUUGGAUCUACAACGUCAUUGAAUGACCCCUGGUCUGGUCCUCUGACCUCCAGACGAGGUGUUUAUUCGAACAGCUCGUCACGAUCACCAGACACCUCACUAUUUGUGCCUCUCAACAUCAAGAGUGAUGUCGGCGAUGGUUGGGCUGUGGGAGCUGAGCUCACGCAACCUUUGGACAGAAGUGAACUUCUAAAAAUACUUAAUAAGUUCUACAAGAGGAAUGAGAUGCAAAAAAUUGCUGCGGAUCAAGGUCUCGAUGCUCGUCUCUUUCACCAAGCCUUCAUCAGUUUUCGGAAGUAUGUGCUGGAAAUCUCUACACUCAGUGCAGACCUUCAUAUCAUCCUCAAUGAUAUAUGCUGUGGAGCAGGCCACAUAGAUGACCUUUAUCCUUACUUCAUGAGACAUGCAAAGCAGAUUUUCCCCAUGCUGGACUGCAUGGAGGAUCUACGAAAAAUCAGUGAUCUGCGUGUACCAGCUAAUUGGUACCCUGAGGCUAGAGCUAUCCAGAGGAAGGUGAUAUUCCAUGCUGGUCCGACCAACAGUGGAAAGACCCAUCAUGCAAUUCAGAGAUACCUGGCUGCCAAGUCUGGUGUCUACUGUGGACCGCUGAAGCUGUUGGCCCACGAGAUCUUUGAAAAGAGCAACACUGCUGGCGUGCCAUGUGAUUUGGUGACAGGAGAAGAGAGAACAUUUGUGGAUGCGGAGGAGAGACAAGCUGAGCAUGUGGCCUGUACUAUCGAGAUGUGCAGUGUCACAACUCCAUAUGAAGUAGCGGUUAUUGAUGAGAUCCAGAUGAUUAGGGACAUAUCGAGGGGAUGGGCCUGGACCAGGGCUCUUCUCGGUUUGUGUGCUGAGGAGAUCCAUGUGUGCGGAGAGCCUGCUGCGAUUAACUUUGUCACAGAGCUCAUGUACACAACAGGUGAAGAGGUGGAGGUUCGUAACUACAAGAGGCUCACUCCGUGCUCCAUUCUGGACCGUGCUGUGGAGUCUCUGGAUAACCUGAGACCAGGCGACUGCAUCGUCUGCUUCAGCAAAAACGAUAUUUACUCCAUCAGUAGGCAGAUCGAGAUCCGAGGCCUGGAGUGUGCAGUCAUCUACGGAAGCCUUCCACCCGGGACCAAGCUAUCUCAAGCAAAGAAGUUCAAUGACCCAGAGGACCCAUGUAAGAUCCUGGUUGCAACGGAUGCCAUCGGGAUGGGACUAAACCUGAGUAUCAAGAGAAUCAUCUUCAACUCCUUGGUGAAACCCAACAUCAAUGAGAAGGGUGAGAAGGAGCUGGACACCAUCUCCACGUCUCAGGCUCUCCAGAUCGCCGGGCGGGCCGGACGCUUCAGCUCCAUCUUUAAAGAGGGCGAGGUCACCACCAUGCACCGCGACGACCUGCCUAUCCUCAAGGAGAUACUCAGCAGGACCGUCCACGCCAUCGAGAUUGCUGGGCUGCACCCUACAGCAGAGCAGAUUGAAAUGUUUGCCUACCACUUACCUGAUGCCACAUUGUCCAAUCUGAUAGAUAUUUUUGUGAGCCUCUCGCAAGUUGAUGGUAUGUACUUUGUGUGCAACAUCGAUGACUUCAAGUUCCUGGCUGACAUGAUCCAGCACAUUCCCCUCAACCUGCGCUCUCGAUAUGUGUUCUGCACUGCGCCCAUCAACAAGAAGCAGCCCUUUGUGUGCACCUCCUUCCUGAAGUUUGCCAGACAGUUCAGCAGAGAUGAGCCUCUGACCUUUGACUGGGUGUGUCGGCUCGUUAGCUGGCCCCUGGUUCCACCGAAGAACAUCAAGGACCUGGUGCACCUGGAGGCUGUCCAUGAUGUGCUAGACCUCUACCUCUGGCUCAGCUACCGCUUCAUGGACAUGUUCCCAGAUGCCAAUCAUGUCCGAGAGAUCCAGCAGGAGCUGGACAGCAUCAUCCAGUUGGGCGUGCGCAACAUCACACGACUUAUCCGAGCAACGGAGACCAGCGCCACCCCUGGGACAGACCCCCUCUCCAACCAGAGGAGGCCGGGGCCCAGCCCAGUAUCCCCAAGGAAGGUUCGAGGAGCUCCCAAGGCCCAGAACAGUGGAGUAGAGGCUGGGCAGCUGGACAAGUCCCUAGGCUCCCGCCUAGUGCAGGAGGGCUUACUGACUCCCGACCUCCUAAGGCAAUUGCAGAAGGAGUGGUCCAAGGAGCACCGUCAAGAGGAAGGAGGAGUCAAACUGGUUGCGGAAACUUUGAAUAAUAAAAUUAAAGGGAGGAAGAAAAAGUGACCGCUCUAGUCUCUGACUUAGUUGUUGUGAAAAACAGGACCUGUUUCCUGUUAUUUUGACGGGACUUCAUACCAGUCUGUAUUAUGCAGCUGUUGACCAAUUGGACUGUGUGUGUCCCAGCUCCUGUCUAUAACUGCUCAAAAACAGUAAUUUUGUGGCCCAUAGGGUAAAUAAAUAUCUAAUUACAAAGUCAUUUUGUAGUCUUAUUUUAUUUUUAUCACUUAAAGUAAAAUGGUUGACUGCAUCACGUAGAUAGUCCGUCUCAUGCAGCAAGCAAUGACUCAUUUUUACACUGAGGUAACAUUCCUUGAGCAAUUUGUGCCCAUCCUAUGCUUGGGCUAGACUACUGUAACAUAAACUUAAAUGUUUUAUGAGACAUCGUCUCUUGCACUUUACACCACUAAUUAUAUUCUCCUAUGUAUGAUUUGCGAAACUGACAGUAUAAGUGAUAAUGUGAUUGAUAAAAUAAAAGUAACAUUUUUCUUUUGAA